GACGACUCAUGAUGCUUGUUUCUCUGGUGUAAGGUUUCAAGUGAUAUAGCAAGUAGGCUAAACCAGGCAAAUGGCAAGUUUAUAUUGUAUUUAAAUCCACACAGGAAACAAUGGAUACGAAGACUGUUUUCACUCUAGUCUACUUUGCCUUUUUAGCCCCGAAUAGAACUGUGGGUUCCGGGGCCCCUUCCUUCUCCAUAGACUACAAGAACAACUGCUUCCAGAAAGAUGGGAAGCCUUUCCAGUAUGUCUCCGGUAGUAUCCACUACUCCCGCAUCCCUCACUACUACUGGAAAGACAGACUGCUCAAGAUGUACAUGGCUGGACUCAACGCUGUACAGAUUUAUGUUCCCUGGAACUUCCAUGAGGAAAAGCGGGGUGUUUACAACUUCACUGGGGAUCGAGACCUGGAGAACUUCCUGGAUCUGGCCAAUCAGACUGGCCUCCUGGUGAUCCUCCGCCCCGGACCCUACAUCUGUGCAGAGUGGGAGAUGGGUGGUUUACCAGCUUGGUUGCUCCAGAAACCAAACAUUGUACUUCGAUCAGCAGAUACAGACUACCUGGAGGCAGUGAGCACCUGGAUGGCAGUGCUGCUCCCAAAGAUGAGGAGGUGGUUGUAUACAAACGGAGGGAACAUUAUCACUGUGCAGGUAGAGAAUGAGUAUGGGAGCUACUAUACGUGUGACUACAACUACAUGCGGCACCUGAGGACCCUGUUCCAGUUCUUCCUGGGGGACAAAACUGUUCUCUUCACGACCGACGGGAACACGGACCGGGAAAUGACCUGCGGGACCCUGGAGGGAAUGUACGCCACUAUAGACUUUGGGACAG